GCGGUUUCUUCCAAGAGUCUUACAGUUAACGGCGUUGAUAUCAGAAGCGAAAUAUGCUCGCUAAAACUGCGCCCAUCAAACACAAACAUACAAUUUUGUUGCACAAACGCCCCAUCACCGUGUAUCACGAGGAUCUUUUUAAAUGGGCUACUGCUAGUUGGUGGCGUUGAAUGUGCCGAGUACACAGCGACUGAGGUGACAGAUAAUGCCCAAGUGACCUUCACAUUUUCCCAUGAUGUGUGCGGUGUUGCGGAUCCCAUGGAAUACCAAUGUACUGCUUUACUAGAAUGUACAACACAAUGCGGCUGGGAAGGAAUCCUUCUUAUCACAAUUUACACCAUUGUUUCUGCAACAAGUGUUAUCGUGGGAAUAACGCUGCUCGUUUUUAUUCUUAACAAGUGGAAUAACUUUACGGUUUUGGCUUUUACAUGUAUUCAGGUGUCCAUGCUCAUUAUCAGCAUAAUUAUAAUUAUUAUACAAGCCUUAGUUGACCCGUGUGCAUGUGAUCCUGACAACUCCACAAUUACUAUCAAUAUUUGGGCUAUCUUCGUAAUCAACUACUUUGUGGUUUUCUCUGUAUUCACUGUUACAGUCGUGUUACUUCUUCUAUGCAUGUUUUAUAAAAGUCAAGAGAAUUAUCUGGAUAUUCAAAGGAAACUUAUCUUUUUCAUACUGAACUUUACAAUUGUGGUACCCAUCUUUAGAAUGAUGCUAUAUCUCUAUGGAAAAUCCAAAAGAUCAAUCUCUUCAAACGAAAUAAAUCCCGUGAAAGACAAGUCAGGUCAAACACAAAUACCGCACAGCAAAUUUGCCCUUAAAAGUGGGCAAAAAGCCAGUGCCUCUGUAACAAUUUCUAAUGAUAAAACAAGCUCGAUAAAAACAAACCCGAUCGAAGCUACGUUUACUGACAACAACAAAAAGUCGGAUAAAAAAACCUAUGUAAAAAAUGUGCAAACGCCAAUGGCAGAAAAUGGACAUGGUAAAGCAGACCCAAACAAUCAAAAGAAAGAAAACACUAAUAAGGACAGAAACACUACAGUUGAAGAUAAACAAACUACACGUAAAGCAAGUAUUACAAAACACUAAAUGGGUAAUUUAACAGCAGUAUUGAUUGCAGAAAUAAUUCAUGCAGGUGAAAGAACAAGUAAAUACCCACCUAUUUAAAAAA